AAUGAAAAUCUACUUCUACUGUCCUGGGGAAAUCCCUGCUUCUCAUUGUCUGCAAGCUAGGCCUUUGGUCUUUCUUAUCAAUUAAUUGUCCAGUCGUGUCACAAAUUAAGAACAAGAUGAACAAGGAAGUAGCUGAUUUUACUCACAUGGUGCAGAAACGGAGAUAGUUUGUAAAUCAAAAGUGGAUGUACAUGUCAACGUCCCCUGCUAAGAUAGACCUAUAGUGGGGUUCCCUAUGUAAUCAGUGCGGGCAAAGAGAGGACUAGAGAGGCUCAUAUCUCUGUGUUUGUUAACUGGUAACAGUGGAGUUUUAAAUCAGGACCAACGGAAAGGACCAAAGAAACAAUUGCCUGAUCGUACCAAGAGACUGUUAUUUUUUUUAAUUCAGAGGAAGUAUCUAUUAGACAUGGAUUUAAUUGAUGAUUGUGAAUCACAGCAUGUAGGGGAAACCUUAGAAACUUUUGUGAAUUUGACUGAUAAAGACAACGCAAAAAAUGCUGACGAAAGUGGCUACGACUCUUCACUAGAGGUCAGUAGCCAAAAUACCAGUUGUCCAAGCUCUUUGGAAUCCAGCAGUAGUGAUGAGGUUGAAGAGGAACCUGAAGUUUUACAGAGUCAGUUGUAUGUCCAGCACCCUAAACACAGGUCAUCACUGGACAGAGAGCACCAUCUCCUUGGUUUGGAGAUUGGAAUGGAUGAGGAUGGUCAGCAUAUUAUAGUGUCCAUACCAGAAGACGGAUUGAUUUACGCUUGGCUUGCGAGUGGUAGUCAAGCAUUACAAGUAGGGGAUAUCGUCACGCAUUUCAACGACUUACGGGUCAAGGACUGGCAUCACAGGGCUGUGGUGGACCAGUUCACUGCUGUAGAGGAUGAGUGGACAUUGACUGUCAAAAGGCCAUCGAUAGCAAAGGGUAGAAAAAAGUGGCAUUUCUGGAACGUGACAUUCAAGCUGAUUGUAAAUGAUGAUGUAAGCCUGGACCUUGACAUAACCGUAGAAAGAAAACUCUACUUUGACAAAGGAACAUACAUCACAGACAUUAAGCAUUAUGAAAUAUCCUGCAAGUGGGUGUACAUACAUACUGGAUACGGAAAUCACUGCCUGAAAUUUGAAGGUGGAAAUCUUGUGGUUGAUUCUUUAAACAGUCGUGAUGAGAAUUUUCGCUUUUAUAUGAUGUUCUUCAAUGGCACUGAUCAAGACCCCAAAGAUGCUGGGGAGACUGUGUACUUGUGUCAGAUAGGAAAUCUGGAGAAGAACAGAUUUGUGACAGUACUUAGUCCAACAAGUGUCGGGGUGCAGGCCACCCCUGCAUACAGAGUCAAGAACAAUUGCAUCAAGAAACCAGAUCCCAAACUUUUCAAGCAACACAAAGGCCCCAACCAUUCUGUCUACUUGGAAUCAUUGAUUCAACCUGAUCACUAUGUUGCAGUCACUGAUGAAGGAAAAGUGUUUCUCAAAGAGAAAAGACGCAGCAGUGAGGACGAUCCAAGAGACUUUGUAGAUGAUCAUGAGGUUUCACUGCAGUUUUUCUUUGA